AUGAAGGAAUUGCUUCUGCUUGAACGCAUGCUUGUACCCGUUAUUGUUGUUGACCGGGGCAGUCGAAAGACUCAGAGGGCUGGAAAACUAUAUGAAGAAGAGACUCCCCAGGACGAACAAGUCGAGACGAAUCGUUCAAGCCAAAUCAUUCAAGCCAAGUUACUCCUUUUUGCAAUCAUGUGUCAAAAGCCCACAGCCAACAACCGUCAAAAGAAGGGCGACAGCCAACAGCAACAAGACGGCUCCUGUACCGAAGCUUCGUGUGCACAAGGCGACAUUGACCCCAGUCGCCCUCAAUACAUUGAAACGUUUCAGGUGCCAGCUUCCCAAGGCCCUAUGACACAGGACUAUGAUCAUCGGUCCAUGAUCACCGUCCAGUCCCAGAAUCAAUCACCGCAGGACAUUUGGUUUGUGAGUCCUACACAACGCGUGCUCUACCAGCCCAUGCAAUGGUGGGAUACUGCGCCUGAAGGUCCACCACCGGGAGCAACUCCAGCCGAUAACGCAGCAGAGCCAAAGACGAAUGGAAACACGACCAAGGGCUCUCCAACGUGA